AUGGGCGAUAUUGGGCUAAAUUCCCCUAUGGUGCUCUUUAUCUCCUGGUGUCCGGACACAGACCCUCAAGAGGAUGAGGAAUCUGAUUCUAACUUUACACCAGCUGGGACCCCUACAAGUCAACCAGUUAAUGCAGCCCAACUAGAUCCCCGUCCUGAAACAGUUGAUGACAGUGGUGAUGACUUUGUCAGUUUGCCAGUUAUAGACGUCCUCGACGACGAGGGAAUGUGCCUAGGAAUCUUGCUUCCACUUCACAAGAUUCGCCUGAGGAUCAUUCACGUGAGAAGGCCCUUCAUUGUGGAGGAUAUGCUGAAGGUUUUCCGGAAUAAUGUCACUGGAAUGGUAAAAGUGGAUAUUGCCGGGGAGAAUGCUGUGGACUCGGGAGGAGUUUUCAGGGAUGUGCUUUCCGAGUUCUGGGAGAAGUGCUUCCAGAAACAUUUUGAAGGAGAAGAUGAAUGCGUUCUUGUGCCUUCCCCUCAGUUGUCUCCUGAUGACUUCAGCACCAUCGGAAAAAUACUACUUGUUGGAUAUGAGCAACAAGGUUUUUUUCCAAUUCGUUUUUCAAGAGUUCUAUUGAUUUGUGCCAUGUUCAGCAGAGAUUUGGUCAGUAAUGAUUUGCUGCUAGAGUCAUUUUUUAGAACUCUCUCUAAUUUUGAGAGGGACUCCUUGGAGAAUGCGUUGUUGCUCGUGAACCUAGAGGGAGAUAUCCUCGAUGAUAUCAUUGACAUUCUCUCCAGGUUCAGGGUAACAACCAUUCCCAAGUGUAGAGAGAGUCUUCGCCUUUGUUUGGUGCGUGUCGCUGAGAUACAGCUCAUUGAGAACCACGCCUUCAGUUUGCAGCAGAUGCUUCCACAUAUGGAAAAACUGAAAUUAUUCAGUGAUUUCCAAACAGUGAGUGCCAUUUUAGCACUGUACAUUAGGCUAAAGCCUACAGGAAGAAAAGUCACCAAUAUAUUGAAGGCAGCUCCCAAGAAUGUUACUGAGCAGAGGGUUCUUGACUUUUUAAAGAGGUUUAUCAGAAGCAUGUCAGACGAUUUGCUGACUGCUUUUUUGCGUUAUUGCACUGGUAGCAAUGUUCUGCAUGUUGACGCCAUAGAGGUCAGUUUUGUCCAUCUAAGUGGGCUUGGGCGACGUUUUGUGGCCCACACAUGUGGUGCUCUGUUAGAAGUGCCAGUCUCCUAUUCAUCAUUUAAUGAAUUUGCAGGAGAAUUCCGAACUCAGUUGUUAGGUGGCCAGUGGGACAUGCAGAUUUUGUAAUUGUAGACGUCCAUAUAUCAUAUUUUACUAGGUCAAAUGGUGUGCCAAUUGUUGAAAAGAGCGACAGGUUUCUGUACUAAUUGGCUUGAAACAUGGUGUGGGCAUGUAAAGGCCUUAAUACACUGAAUGACAAAUGUUGAAAUGUGUCGUCACAAUAGUUUAUUCGAUAAAGACUUGGAUCACUGUUAAUGGUUGAAAAUGUUCAAAUAAGCAAAUGAAGUUUACUUUCAAGUCAAUUCAACAUGUUCCUAGGUCACUUCUCUUAAGAUUUGAUGGCGAAGAAAAGUUUAGUUUGAACAAAGCUUUGAAUGAUUAUGGUGGAAUGUGAUUUCGUUCAAUUUCCUCAACAUUAGCAACACUCUCAUGGCCCAAGUCUUAUUGAACGAACUGUUGUGACUACACAUUUCAACAUUUGUCAUUCAGUGUAUGAAGGCCUUUAGGGUAACUUGCACACCAAAAAUGGAAGAGAAAUGUGACUACUAAAGUAGUUUCAUCCAACGUUUCCUGUUGAUUUAAACUGGUGCUGUUUAGGCCCAAAAAAGGAAUUUGUUUCUGGUUUCAUGGUCCACUGAAAAUCUAUGUGGUGAUGCGUUUUGUUUUUCUUAUUUAUGGAGAUCUCCAAAAAGGGAAAAGUCCACAUUGCCAACUUCAUCCUCAUCAAUCAUGUUUCAUGACCAACUUGUUUAUACUAGGU